AAAGGAGGGAAUCGGUCGUUCAGGAAACGGAUCUAGAGAGGUGUGCAACGUCGGUUCUGGUUACUAUUUAGAGCGCGACCAUCUGGAAAACUGUGGGCCAAACUGAGAAAUCAAAAGCACAGAGGGCAAUGGCAACUCACUUUGGGCUCCAGCUAAGAAAACUGCAUGGAUAUGUCCAUUUAAACGGCCAGGAGUCAAGCUCCAUUCGAAGACGACUUUAUCUUUUCUUUAGCCUCCUGGCAUGUCUCAGUGAUGUUCCUCGGCCGACAGAAGCCUUGGAAGUAAGCAUGUCACUUCGGAAGACAGCAAUCUUGGGUACAAAUGUGACACUUCCAUGUAAAAUCUCUGGUUACCCUGCUCCGGAACUCAAUAUCGAAAAAACAGCUGUCAUCUGGUAUUUGAACACAUCUGAAGGGGGUAAAAAAGAAACACUUUAUUCAUUUGUUGCUGGAGAGCAUCAUUCAAAUAGAAGAGGUUCAAGACUGGAAGCAAUUCAACUAAAAAAAGGCAAUGCUGCCCUUUUCCUUCCACAAAUACAGAUUAAUGAAGAGGGUAUAUAUAUUUGUGUUGUGAUUGUUACUCCUGAUAAAGCUGAAGGAGCCACCACUUUAUAUCUAGUUGCUCAACCAACUGUUGAACUGUCUCCCAAGGAACUUCAAAUAGAAAGAGACAAGGAAAAGACAUUGUCAUGUACAGUGAAUAAAUUCUACCCUGAUUCAAUUGUCAUUCUCUGGCAAAAGCAUUCUAAGCACACAUUGGAUAAAAGUGUAUCUGCAGAAGAUAUUUGCACAGGAACUUCUGUGAGAAAUGGUGAUGGCACUUUCAACAUCACCAGUAAACUCAGGCUUCAACCAUCUUCACAAGAUCAAGGAAACCUCUAUAGUUGUAUUGUGGAGCAUAAGUCAUUUGCCAGACAUCCAGUCUACAAUGUAACUUUGACAGUAACAGAACUUAACUUGAUUACUGCAUCUAUAUAUAGAAUGGUUUCAGGUCUCCAUUUGACUUUUCUUCUUGUACUUGUAAUUGGGUACUAUGUAUACAAUACUUUUUUAAAGAAAUGUCCACCAUCCUUGGAAAUGGUUGGAAAUGAAGAAUUGAAGCAUUUGGAAGAAACACAGUUGCAGUGCUUGAUUUCACACUUUCGACCCAAGCCUUUGCAUAUAGUUCUGUUCUUAGUAACCCAACCCGAGGGUACAAAACAGAAAAUAGCUUCUUGGCAUACAAGGUCAUUUGAUGAGCCUGAGGAAGGUGGUGAAAAUUUUCCUCUGCUUGGGAACUUGGAGGACAUGCUUAGAUUUUAUCCAGAGUUGAAAUCAAAACCAAAAGGCUAUUUUGACUUUCACUGCAAAAUCUGCAUAAAUCCAGAUAUACAGAAGCUGGAGAAGUUUGACCUUUUAUUAGAAGUUAAACAUAAGGGCUUUCAGCAUGGGUUGUGUACCAAAACAAAACCAUUUAAAGUGAUAGCCUUACCGCUGCUUCAUGAAGUUCAGUGUUCCACAAAUGUGCCAAGACCAGAUGAGCCUCUCACUCUUAGCUGCAAAAUUCAUUCUUAUUUUCCGGAAACACUUGAAGUCUGUUGGUAUAAAAAUGAUGGAAUUCUUGAUGGUCCCUUUACAUGCCCACCCACAAAAGGUCCUGAUGGGCUUUUCUUCUGCAUCAGCAAGAUUCAAUAUUGCCCCCAAGUGGCAGAUUCUGGAAAGAGGUUUGUCUGCAGAGCUAAGCUUGAAGGCUCAAAAGAGUGCAAAGAAUCUGCCUGGCAGAUGAACACUCUGGUGCUUGCCCCCAAAGUUUACAAACUUGAAUGUGAGCCCCCUGUACCCGAGUGUGGGAAACCCAUCACACUGACUUGCUCACUGACAGAAUACCAUCCACCUCAGUGUGACAUUUGUUGGAGAAAAGGCUUUGAAGAGUUCACCGAUGUUACACUUAAAACAGAGGAGCCUCAGUUGGACAGAACGUCCAACCUGUACUCCAGAACAAGUGAAAUGACCUUUAUCCCCAGUGCAGAAGACCAUGAAGUAGACUUCUCUGUUGAAAUAAAUCAUUGCAACAAAAUUUCAAGGAAGGGAUAUACAGUCCUGUUGAAAGGUUUUCCCAGAGUUUCAAAUAUUGCUAUUGAACCACGUGAUGCUGAUUAUGGAGAAACUCUAACUUUAACCUGUGACAUCACGGAUUUCCAUCCUAAAGACAUUUGUACUCAGUGGUUCCUGGGAGAUAAUUCAAUAAGGAAUGGUGUGGUCACAGAGGAGCCAGAGAUGGGCUCUAAUGGUUGUUUCAGGUUAACUUCUGUGUUACAACUAAGAGCUACUGCUUCAGUUUGCGAUAAGGCCGUUCGUUUCAGGGUGACCCAUACGAAACUGAAAAAACCUAUUAUGAGAGAAGUGUAUCUGAAGCUUCCAGCCAAACGUCCAGCUGUGUCUGAAAUAAAGGCAACACCAGAUCACAAGAGCAUCCUACUUGAAAUUUCUAUAUCACAGUUUGCACCUCAUGAUAUACAAGUAAGAUGGUACCAAGGCUGGAAACAAAUAUCUGAAAAUAUCAAUCCCAGGAAUGUUGACAUUGGAGAAGAUCACUUAUGUUAUUUUGUAAAUAAAAUACACUUAGAGCCAACAGCAAUAGACUUUGGGAAGACAAUACGAUGCGAAGUUAAACAUCCAACAUCUACUGAGGAAAAAAGCUUGAUACUGAAUAGCAGAGAUUUCUCUGGACUUCUUGAGGAAACCCAACAUCACCUAUGAAUCAUAAUCACUUUGAACUUCUACAAAAAAGCUGUCCAGCCACCUUAAUCAGAGUAAUCCAAUCUCCCCUGGGGAAGGAGGAACCUGCAAAACAGCUAAAGGGCCAUUGUGAAGACCAUUCUAGGCAUCUGUUGGAUAAAACUGCUUGGAUUCGAUCUGAGUUAGACUUCAGCUAUGCAAGUCCCUUGGAGAUGACUGCCGCAAUGUCUAGUGUAGUUACAUGGGAACAGUUUGAACCUGUUGGACCUAAGGAAGUGGAGGGGGUCUUCAGUGCUGUGAGUGCAAACAACCGUAUAUUAAAUCCAUGUUUACUUGGCUGGAUAAAGUCUUCCAGGAGAGGACAUGUAAUUGGAUCCAAGCAAUAAUAAAUGCUUCCUUGAAGGAGGGAAUAAUACCACCAGUUUUAAAGGGGUGAUGGUCCAUCCCCGACUCAUGAAAACUUUGCUGGAUCCAGAAGUACUGGACAAUCAUAGUUUAUAUCCCUUCCAUUCUUAACUCCAGUUUGAUGCUUUUCUGGGAUGUGGAGGUGGGCAGCUGGCAGCACAUUCACUGUGAAUAGAAGCUAAAAUAAAACACAUCUCACCCAUUCUUUAUGCUCCAGUUGAAUAUGAUAAUAUUAACUUGUGAAGCCCCUCAUAGCUUGGAACCACAGUAACUAAAGGAAUGCCUCUUUCUGUAUAUUCCUUCCCAUACCCUACCAUCGUCUUCAAAAGGCAUGCUCUGGAUGCCCCCCUCCCUGGGAAAGGGCCUUUUUAAAGGGCCUGAUUUUGGCAUGCUUUUUCCAGUGAGGUAUGGCUGGCAAUGUCUCUCUUGUUUUUUUGGCACCAAAUCCUUUUGUUUGUUUGUUUAAUUUUCCCAGUCUUACGUAUUAAUACUGUUGUGAUAAAGGUUGGCUGAAAAAAAGGUGCCCUUAGCCUUUGGAUUGCUUCUUAUUCUUGGAAAAGCAAGAUCAGACAAUAUGCUUUAUAUGCCCAUUGUUUAAAAAUCAAAUUAUAGUGAUUUGUAUAAGCAUGAUGUUACUACAUUUGUACUCUAGUAAAACUAGAGACAUUUUACUAUUAUAUUUCUUUUUUUUUCCCUUUUGAGUUACUAGAAUGCCCUUUUUAUAAUUUUUAAAAAUCCUUUUCCUUUGUUUUCCUUUUUAAACUUUUUUCAAAAUAUUUUAUGUAUGCACAUGUAUCUUUUCCCCUUUUCUUUUUUCUUUC